AUGUACCCUAUUGUUGUGGUGGCUGCUAGUGCUUCCUCCUCUAGUAACAAUAAUGAUUCUUUCACACUUCUAAGAGAGUCAGGAGCUGGUCACUAUUCUCCUAUUGGAGGUUAUCAUGCUGGAAAGGACAUGGCGCUUGUUUUGGAUGUUGCACGUUUCAAGUAUCCUCCCUAUUGGGUCCCACUUACGCAUCUUUGGGAAGGCAUGAGUUAUAUUAAUGAAUUCACUGGAAAAUCCAGAGGGUUCAUGCUUAUAUCAAGGCCUCAUAGGGAACCCGACAUGCUUUAUACUCUGAGCUGCAAACACGAGAGCUGGAGUAGUAUUGCAAAAUUCCUAAUCGAUGAUGUUCCUUCUCUAUUAAAAUCAGAGGAUGUGAAAGACAUUUGUAAGGUUCUUUCAGUUAUAGUCACAUCGCUACCAUCCAACUUCGAAGAAUUCAUCAAAUGGGUUGCGGAGAUUAGGAGGCAAGAGGAUGGUGGUCCAAGCUUAUGUGAAGAGGAGAAAACACGAGCUGUUGUCAAGGAAGAUGUAUUGAAACAGGUGGAGAGGACGAGACUUUUCAAACAUGUGGCCUCUUUUUGCUGUCGAGAAACCUGCAUGAAAUGCGGGAAAGCUGAUGAUGACACGCCAAUAACAAAAGUUUGUGCCACUGUGCUAAAUGGCAACACUGAGUCCAUAAGGAUGCACCCAGCUAGCACUCAUGUGUUAACAGUGCUUCUAUUGUCCUUACCAUCUACAACCUGGGCUGGUAUCACAAAUGAGAAGCUUUUGAGGGAAAUUCAUGGCCUAGUUUCAACUGAAAAUCUUCCGGCGGCUUUGCUUCAAGAAGAGGUUUUGCAUUUAAGACGUCAGCUACACAUACUCAAGAGAUGUCAAGAAGGUAAGGUAGAUGGGGAUCUUGGUGUACCUUCGUCUAAGCAGCUCCUUAAUUCUUAUUCGUCCAUGACGAGGCUUUGUUUGAGAACCAGGGUCGCAUUUUAAUACACUAGGGUUAUUUAUACACCAAUGAUAAGAAAAUUGAAUUCAUGAAAAUUAAGCAACAAACAAGAGAAUUGAAACAAUAAAUUCAAGUUUGAAUUCAGGAAAAUUUAAAUAUCCAUAAAAAGUGAUACAUGAGAAAGUGAAUAGUAAGAGAGAAAAUUAAAAUAGAAAGGUUCUAAAUGUUGUACCACUUAAGCAAAAUCAUUGUUCUUUCUCUUUGCUUUGUUUGAGUUGUUUCUUUAAUUAAACAAAUCUCUAUUAGACAAUGAAAUUUUCUUCUCUUUGGCCUUUGCCUUGUAUUUUUCCUUUCUUUGUGCUUCUGUUUCACGGCUUCUGUUUCUAUGUUUUUAAAUUGUAGUUUCCUCUUAGUUUUUAAAUUAUACUAGAUCUUGUGGGACCCACAGCAUGUGUUAAAAGAAAAACAAGAAGAAUAAUAGGUUCUCUAUAAACGUAUAAAAAAAAAGUGUCGUGCUGCCCAUUGCUAGUUUGCUACCUCACGUGCUGUGAUGUCUAGACUAGGGGUGACUGCCUCAAAAAAAAUUUCUUUGGAAUUGUUAGGAAGCCAGGGGUGACUUCCCUGUGCUUAGUCACCCCAGUGCUUCCGCCACUGGGUAUUUUAGAGGAAAAUUAAGAAUUCUUUACAUUUGAUAGUAGGAAUAAGAUGUUGUCUAAGAUGUAAUAGUGAGUGGGUCUUGCACCCAUGCCAUACAUGUUAGGAACAAUGGAAUCACACCACCUAUCAGAGUAGAGAAUUGGAAACUGAUUGGUUCUGUUAAUAGAUUUUUUUAACUUAUUUUAAUUUGUUUUGCUUUUGUCAAUAAAGACCUUUACUAUAGGAGGUGGUCUAUCACACUUAACCCCUUCGCCCCUCUUUUCCUCCCGGAGCCUCCCUCCGACCACCAUCGAUGAAGAAACACCAGAUCUCUGAGAAGCCAAUCUCUUCCCCUCUUCCCUUUCUUCAACUUCUGCCCCUUUCUGGGUUUAGAAGAUGUGAAAACCCAAAAAUGUUGUAGCAGAGCCCAUCAUCAUAGGCAAGAUAACUUGGCUUACCACUCUUCUCUCAGAACUUGGUCACCCUUUGCCCUCUAUGCCUAGAAUUCAUUGUGAUAAUAUUGGGACCACGUAUCUAUGUGCAAACCCAGUUUUUCACUCAAGAAUGAAACACUUGGCCAUUGAUUUUCACUUUGUCAGGGAACUAGUUCAACAAGGUAAGCUCACUGUCUCUCACAUAUCAACUAAAGACCAACCAGCUGAUGCCUUGACUAAACCUUUAUCUGCUGCCAAGUUCUGCACAUUUAGAGACAAGAUGCAUGUCAUUGAUGGUGACAUCAUCUUGCGGGGGCGUAAAGAUAAUCAGUUACCACAAGAAGAGGAGCAGCAAAUAUUUUCUGUUAGCACGUGAAGAGAAGCCAUUAUGUAUCUGUUGUGAAUUGGUAUAUUAAUACAUUAUGUAUCUAUAUCAAGUUGCUAUUUUAUCUCCAGUUUAAAUUUAAA